ACAUUGGCAGUCAUCUUUAGCACAGCGCGCGGAUGUGAGAGCAGAUUGGAGCAUAUGCUCUUUUUUUAAGGACCAAGGAGGUAUUUUUGUGUUUGGGCUCACCUUUAUUUCUCUAAUUUGGUUUACCUGUAAAAAAACGUGUUGUACCAAUUGGCGCAGCCAGCCGCGUGGAUAUUCUUUACAUAAAGUGGACACACAAGAGGAAAGGCGCCCGGUGUGUGUCAGCUCGACGGGGAGACUCGGACUUUUCGGCGCGAACUCCGCCGUUACCCCACACGAGCUGCUAGAAUGAUGUCAUACCUCAAACAGGCCCCGUAUGCCGUGAACGGCCUGGGGCUCGGGGGCGCGCCCAUGGAACUCCUGCACCCUUCUGUUGGGUAUCCGGCUAAUCCCCGCAAGCAGCGGCGGGAAAGGACCACGUUUACGCGCACGCAGCUCGACAUCCUGGAGUCUCUGUUCGCCAAGACGCGUUACCCCGACAUCUUCAUGAGGGAAGAAGUGGCUCUGAAGAUCAACCUGCCUGAGUCUAGAGUUCAGGUGUGGUUUAAGAACCGGCGAGCUAAGUGUAGGCAGCAACAGCAGAGCAGCAGCAGCAGUAACAGUGGCAGCAGCACUAAAAUCCGUCCUGCAAAGAAAAAAGCCUCUCCCUCACGCGAGAGUCCUGGUUCUGAGAGCAGCGGUCAGUUCAGUCCUCCAGCAGUGUCGAGUACCAGCUCAUCGUCAUCAUCUUCAUCCUCAUCCUCUUCAAAUUCGAACCUGGGCGGACUGGGUAUGAGCAGUACCACUGCCUCUGGAGCCACACCCGUGUCAUCUAUCUGGAGCCCCGCCCCUAUAUCACCCCUUCCAGCUCCUCAUACCGUCCCAGAUCCCACACCUCCCACCAGUGCAUCCUGUAUGCAGCGUGGAGUUACGGGCACAGGAGGGCCAGCCGGAGUAACUUCCUACCCCGUGUCCUACAAUCAGACGUCCGGAUAUGCCCAGAGUUACCCCAGCACUGCAUCUAGCUCAUAUUUUGGAAGCAUGGACUGUAGCUCCUACCUGGCACCCAUGCACAGCCAUCAUCCACACCACCCUCAGCUCAGCUCCAUGACGGGAACCGGGGUGACUGGACACCACACACACCCACAUCACCCCCAUCACCUCGGGCAGAGCAGCGGGCACCACCACCCUCACCACCACCCGCAUGCACACACACACCAGGGCUACGGGGGUGCAGCACUGCCCUUCACUUCCACAGACUGUGUGGAUUACAAAGACUACAAAGACCAAACUGCCUCACCAUGGAAACUAAACUUUAGUGCAGACUGUUUGGACUACAAAGACCAGGCAGCUUGGCGUUUUCAGGUCUUGUGAGAAGUAGUUUUGUUUUAGUAUGUUAGUUUUGUUUAGAAAGCCAACCCACCACCCGUAUAGGGCAAAAUCUCAAAACUGUGCUCUAAAGACUUUUAUGGAGACAUUUGGGAAAAUGCGAAAACCUGGAUUUCAGUUCCAAAGGAGGAGAUACUCCAGACUACUCUAGACUGGUGUUGCAGGAUUAAUCCCAUGCCAAAGGUCUUUGGCUAUCAGCUCUGAUGUCUGUCUGCCUUUACCGCCUUAAACAAGAGGAUCCUCUGAAGAAUUUUUUUCCCUCUCUAAUCCUCACCACUUUGUCGGAGGAAAAAGAAAUACUGUUAUUUCCUCCUAACAUGUUACCUGGUUUGGCCGUAAAAAACAUCUCCUUGCCUUCCUCAAUCCACUGCAACUCACUGCACUUGGACUUCUUGUGUGUCUAUGAAGGCAAUAAAUAUAAAAUAAAAUUUAGCAAUGUGAUUGUCCUGCAACAGAGAAAACAAAAAUGUGAACCAAACUUGUUUCCUGUGAAAUAUAAAU